AUGGUUACGGCCCUUUUCGCACGCGAGCCCCACUCGGAGGCUCGUGUCUGUUUGCCUGUGUCUGCUUGCGCCUGCCACCUUGGUCGCGCACACACAACCGCAGCCUGCGCCUCUGUCUCUGUCUCUGCCUCGGACCGAGGCUGGUGCAUGCGUCCAGCCGACUGGCGUCCGCAUCGAUCGACGCCGAGUCUGGCCGCAGGACCAAGUGCACCGGGCCUCAUCGAUCGCCUGCUGCGUCCGGUCCGGCCCGGCCCGGCGUGCCGGAUCGAUGAGCCAGACCGUCUGCCCUCGGCCGCACGGACACAGAGUCCAGUCGGACGGCCCGACUCGGCUCCUUUCGGCACGAGACUCGAGACGGCGUGUGCAGACGCCGCCCAGCGAGGCGGCCCAUCUGGCAAUUGGCUUGCCGUCCGUCGGUCAGUCAGUCAGUCGGUCGGUCGGUCGGUCGGUCUGUCGAAGAGGCAAAAGCCAGACGGACUGAAUAUCUGUUGGGCCAACCAGGAGCUGGCGGGCAUAUCGAUCCAGGCGUGUCUGGACUGCUUGCUGCCGACUGCAGACUGCGCAGGCGUGCGUUUGCCGCAGUCAGGAGCGCCAGCUGAGGGUCGGUUGUCCAACAAAGCCUGUGACCAUGGCGGGCUGUGA